AUUAUAGUCCACAGAUAAGAAAAAAACUUGUCCCAGGACCAGGCAUUGGUCUUACCAGAUCCAAAGCUGGUCAUUUGAAGGACAGACGUUUAAAGAUGAUGUUGAAACUUAUGUUGCUGUGCCUCGCCGGGCACCUGGCGUCAGCGGCCGACUUACCUGUUCUCAAGGUGGACAAGGGUCACAUCUCUGUGUCCGGCAUUUCGUCCGGUGCCGUGAUGGCUGUCCAGUUCCAUGUUGCCUUCUCUUCUGAGAUCAUGGGAGUGGGUUCCAUCGCAGGAGUGCCAUUCCUCUGCGCCCCUCAAGCGGCUUGCAUGACCACGCCUAGUCUCCUCUUUGCCGCUGAGUUUCAAACGCUGACCGCCUCCGCCAGGAUGUUCCUCAACAUCGACUCCACCACCAACAUGAAGAGUGACAAGAUCUGGAUCUUCGCUGGCACUCAUGAUACCGUUGUCCAGCCAGCUGCUGGGCAUCUACUGAGAGACUACUACCACCUGUAUGUGGACAGUGACAGCCAGAUCAAAUUAGUGGACAACAUCCCCGCGGCACACGGCCAGAUCACUAAUAACUAUGGCGGCAGCUGUGCUGACCUUCACUCGGACAACUAUAUGAACAACUGUGGAUACAGCGCCGCCUUCAAUCUUCUCAACCAUAUCUACGGCGGACACCUCAAGGAACCCGCUGCCAAUUCUGUUGCCACAGGACAGUUACUUACCUUUGAUCAAAGCGCGUUCACUUCAUACUUGGCCCAUAUGGACACUAUUGGCUACGUCUACAUCCCCACUGGCUGUAAGGACAGAACGAAAGCCUGUAAGCUCCACAUUGCAUUCCAUGGUUGUCAAAUGGGAAGGUCACGCAUUGGGGAUGUCUACGUCAGACACUCGGGGUACAACGAGGUGGGGGAGUUGAAUGACAUCAUCAUCCUGUACCCACAGGUGGUCGUGUCGGCACUGAACCCAAUGGGCUGUUGGGAUUGGUUCGGAUACACCGGUAUUUAUUAUGCCUUCCAUUCAGGUCCACAAAUGAAGGCAGUGCAUGACUUGAUGACACACAUCUCUGGCUGACGUGACCUUUGACCUUCUCACACCAUUAAAACAACAUCGGAAUUGAUGAAUGUACAAAAUCUUUGUGUGGUAAUGAGUUUGUGUGUGUGUGUGUGUGUGUGUGUGUGCUCUCUGAUAUUAUUGGUAUCAGAAUAGUCGCCUGGUAAUCAAAUACAAUAAAAGAUUAUACCAUAGCUA